UGAUCACGUGACACCUUUAAGCAUAACAGCCAUAUUCGUUUGUGACACGAAAAUGGCUGCCCAAACGCGGAAGAGAGCAGAAUAAUAAUGAUACGACUGGGCAUGGGGCCCGUUGGGGCCCUAAUCUUGUUGUUUGUGAUGUUAAUGGGUGUGGUAAAAGUGAACUCCGCCUAUAGUUACAGCGGAGACUAUGUAACCACUGACACUGUAUACGGUAAGGUGAAAGGGGUGAGAAUAAAAUCCAGUCUUGGGACCAAGUUCAACUGGCGCAUCAACAUGUUCCUGGGGAUACCCUACGCUAAACGUAUCGAACAGUACAGUGAUUGGCGAAGAGAGUUCAGAUUUAAGAAUGCCGAGCCCCCCUCGUGGUAUGGGAUCUGGGACGCCACCUACCACCGGCCGGCCUGUCCCCAGCAGUUGUGGCUCAUCAGGGAGACCCUCCCCCAGUACAGCGAGACCAGUGAGGACUGUCUGUACCUCAAUAUCUACACACCUGAUAAAAUUGAUGAUUUUGGAGGAACUAACUUGUACCCAGUGUUGGUGUUUAUCCAUGGAGGAGGCUGGACCAUGGGGUCUGGACAGCAGUACCCUGGCAUGUUCCUAGCAGACAGAUCAGUCGUCGUGGUCACAUUCAACUACAGGCUGAAUGCUCUAGGGUUUCUCAGCACUGGAGAUCAGCAUGCCCCUGGAAACUAUGGGAUGUGGGAUCAGAUUCGAGCGCUAGAGUUCGUGAAGCGGACAAUCACCGCAUUCCGUGGCAACCCCAACUUGGUGACCAUCAUGGGGCAGAGCGUGGGGGCCGUCAGUGUGGGGCUCCAUCUGCUGUCCCCCAGGAGUGGGAACUUGUUCCACCGUGCCAUCAUGAUGAGUGGGUCGGACCUGAGUGAGUGGGCCAUCAUGCCCUCUGACGAUGCCAAGAACUAUGCCAAGGCCCUCGGCUAUGAGGUUGGCUGCCCCACUAAUGACAACCAGCGUCUCAUGGAAUGUCUGCGGAUGUAUCGUAGCUACAAUGAAAUCGUCAACGCCUCUGCUCGGGUCAUGAUGAAGCCUGGCAAGGUGGGGAACCCGUGGGGUCCCGUGGUGGACGGGCAGGUGCUCGGGGUGGAUUACUCCUUCCUGCCUGACCCCCCAAACAUCAUACGCCGCCAGGGACGUUUCAAGAAGAUGCAGGUUUUGGCAGGCCUUGUCCUGGAUGAAGGCUCAUUUUUUAUCCCCAACCUACAAAAUCUCCUGGAUGGUGUGACUCCAGACCAGUUCGACAAUAUCUUAAAGGAAUUUCUUCGUGACCGAGGUAUCGUGGACAUGUCCAAUGCCAUUGAUGCUCUUUCAUAUGAAUACACGUACUGGCCUGAGCCAAAGAACUACAGCCAAGUCAGGCAGAUGUUGACAGAUCUGAUGUCGGACUACAUGUUCGGGACAGGUGUCAAUGAGAUGAUGCGAUCCCAGGUUAUCUACAACACAACCUAUUUCUAUGUGUUCAAGUAUAAGUCCUGGAACGACUUCCUUCCACCAUGGAGAGGUGUGGCACAUGGACAAGACUUGCAGUAUGUAUUUGGGCUGCCAUAUUUCAACGAGACCUACAUAAAUAUGACCGGUCUGAGACCUCGGCAGGAAUAUGACUUGAAUGACCGCAACAUCAGCGAAUACAUGAUCAACAUGUUCACUAACUUCACAACCAGAGGUGAUCCAACCCCACGUGACCGUCCCAUCAAAGACUUCCGCAAUGCCACAUGGUUAAGUUACAACCCCAAAAACCAUAGUUACUUGAGUAUUACCAACAAGUCUGAGAACCUGACCAACUUCAGACAGAAACAGUAUGCCUUCUGGACAGAAUACUUCCCUAAAGUCUCAGGGAGAGAUUUAUUUGCCUUUGGGACAACAGUAUCUCCAGAAGCAGUACAGACAUCAUCAUAUGAGAUCUCAACCUGGGCCCUGGUUGCAGCAGGGGCUCUCUUGAUCAUCAUCAUCAUUGCCGUCUGUAUUGUCCUGGCCAGAAAAACAAGGACUAAAAAUUAUGAGACGAAAUAUAGACCAGCUAGAACCAGAGAGGCAGACAGGUACGAUAAACGUGGUUACGGAGGAUCGACAAACUCAAAACUUAGUAGCAUGACGAAUGUGUCUCGGUGCUGAGCUUGCUAAGAUGCCUUACCUGCCCACCUACCUCGCACCUGUGUCGUCUCCCCUUUUACACAUAUUAUUGAUUACAGAUAUGCUUUGUGCAAGCAGACUUGUUUUUGCCUUAGAUUAAUUGAUAUUUUGAGCCAGACAAGUUAAAGCAUGCAUGUAUUGUAAGAUAAGACAUUCCUGUUCUUUGGUAGAACUUUAGCCCAUCCUGAAAACCGGAAUUCUUUUUGGGUGUGUUCUCUUUCAUAUUUUUUUGUUCUACAAAAUGCUUCAAUUUUGGUAUGUACUUUAUCUGAUGUGAUGAGAUUUAUGAACAUUCAUUCACCUUUGCCUUCUGUGGAAGACAUUAAUACUUUAUGAAUUUAUACGGUUGUCUCCUGCUCUGCAUGGCUAGUCCACACUAAAAUGUGGUCCUUGCCUUACAGUAUGAUACAUAAUGAAAUGUUAAAAUUAUGUAGAUGAAACCUGCAGAUUUUGUUUUUAAGUAUUCAGUGUAAUAUGAUAAUUGUUGAAGUAAUGAACAAACAAAUAGGCAUAAAUUUGCUAGUGCUGUUAUUUCAAAAUCUGUUUUACUUAAAAGUAGUUUGUUCAUACAGAAUGAGUAGAUAUAAUUGCUCUGCUGACGUUUUCUUUCUCAUUUGUUAUUGUGUAACUAUUACUACUGCAAGACUGUAAGGGACCAGAAAAGAAGUGUUCAGUUAUACUGAACAGUCCAAGUAGUUAAGGCAGUUGAGAGUCCUAUAAGAAAUUGAGAGACAAGUGUGAGAAUUAUUUAAGUAAGACAAAAAGAUUUUGCAUGACAUUUUUGUAUAUUUAUCAUAAUGACAAUUUGAAUUUUCUAUGAAACUGAAGUUUAUAGUUGUUGCAGUAGAUUUUCUAUGUAUCAAAUUGACUUCCGAUGUCAUUAAUACUUAGAUCUUUAUUUCUGACAUGAUACCUAUCUGCAUGAAGAUAGGACAAACCCUCCAUAGGAAGUUGUGUCAGUUGAACCCUGAGAAAACUUUGGGCUGAUCUAAAAUGAUUUGACUUCAUGUCUUUUCCACUAUUCAGCAAUUUUGAUUUUAACAAAAGCAAACCAAUAUGACACAAAUAUUUUUUGGAAGGUACUCCAUUUUGAGCCAAGAUCCCAUGACACAUGGGAAUGACUGAGUGUAUUAAAUAUUCACACUAAUAUAUCAGCACAGCUUUUAUUGUUUCCAUUCAGAACUUCUUGUUUAUGUUUAUAUUCAAAAUACAGAAAUCAUGCUCUGAAUGCUUAGCUGGCUAGAUAAAUUAGAAGCCUAGAUGGUGAUUGGCUGAUUGGAAUGUCCAUCAAAGGUGACCUCCUAUGCAAGUUAUGUCAGAUCUUCAUGCAGAGAUGUAUUCUAUCAUAGUAAAAGAUCAGAUUCUAAUGAUAUUGACCGACUUCAAGUAAGGAAAGUUGUCAGGGGAUAAAUUGAAAUCUCGGUGUCUUUACCUGUCAGGGUGUAAGGUGUACAUGUGAAUUGACUCUGUCAACUCCAUGGACUGCAGAGAAAUCAGUAUUUAUUUCCUGUACUGGUUAGGAUAAUUGUGUCAUGAAAUGUACAAAUUACAUCAUUUGAUACCCAUGUCCACCAUGGCCUUUUUGUAUAUAAAAUGAUAAUGUAAAUAUUGAUGACAUUGAUCAGUCUUUUUAGAGUAGCUGCGGUUGAGGUUGUCAUUAAUUGUUAAAGACACCGACAACAGGAAACUUAUCUCUGAAGUGUUGCUACCACAUCCAUCAUUGAGCCAGAUUACGGGGCUAUAGCUGGCUCUUCAGCAUUCUCAGUUCUAGAACACUCUUUACAGUUCAGCAAUCUUGAGUCUGUAUCGUUGUCAUAUUAGUGUAUUGUUUUACUUACACUUCGAAAAUUAAUUGAAAAUAUAUAAGAGCAAUAGUUUAAGUAGACUCUUUAGCUUCACUGUGUUAUCUAUACCUACAUAGUUGCAAUCUCAGUUACACUGAUCAUUUUGAUUGUGAUAUCAUUUGACGAAAAGUUUGAUUUUCAAUGCAGCUGUUAAUGAUCAUGUAAAUAUAUAUGGCAGCACAAGAUCAUCUCAUAUGUUCUUUGUAUUUCUCAUCCAGUCCAAUUGUGUUUUUUUAUGAAUUGUUCCUUUUUUAAUUGUGUGCUGGAUACAAUAUGAAUACCCCUCUACCUUAACAUUUUUAUUAUUUGUUCUGAGAAAACAUUCCAUUUUUAAUAUGAUUUAUGAAAUCUUAUUUUGACAUGUCAUUUUUCUGCUCAGUUUCACUUAUUCAAAGCAAUAUUCAUUUUUGUAAUGAUUUGAAAGUUAUUUGAUCUGCGAUUAAAUUAGUGACCUGAUGAAAAGUCAGUGAUAUGAAUAUUGUAAGCUGAAAAUGGAUUGAGACCUGAUGAAAACGUAACUUGAAAAACGAAAAUUCUGAAACAGUAUCGCAAGACAGGAAAUUUUGCCUUAGAAUCAGUUCAUAAUCAUUGCUCUAUACAGUGUUGGUUCCGUUAUAAAUAUAUUGUUACCAGUGUUAAUUUCUACAAUGUGUUUUCUUCGAUACUCAUGUGUAUAUAAUUCAAGAUAAUUUCAUAGUUUGUACAUUGUCAUAAUAAAUUCAUCCUUUUGUAA